AUGCCUUUGUCUCCGCGGUAUGAUGUGACUAACGUCAAUCUGCUUAUCGACUCGGCUGGCUCUUUAGUGAUAGUUGUGAAAGGCGACUCAAUGCGAAUCAAUCGGUCUGCUAUCGUGAUUGGCGAGACAAGGGGGUUUAGUGGCGACGGACUCGAGGUAACCUAUAUUGGGUACAAUUUCGAAUCUUGCAAUGUCGAUGUCUUUGCGGUUCACUUGCGAACGGGAAUGGUUCGCCGUCUUACCGCUUAUCCGGAGUACGUGGACCCGGUUGACAUCUUACCCGACAAUCAGUGGCACGUUGUUGAAGACACGCGGUUGACCGGCCGACAGAUGUUUCUAGCUGUAAUGCGAGGAAUUCCGCCGAUAAUCGACCUUCUCGUUAGCGGAGCGGUCUUAUUUACAAGGAACAACGGCGAGCGACGUUUCUUCCAGCCCUGGCUUCUUGAUCGCUACGGCGAUCGGGGCUCGUACAUUGGUCAAGAGCUUAACGGGGCAAGCAACGGCACUCCUGGAUCAGGAGCCGUGGAUGAUCCAGAAUGGAACGCAAGAGCUGAUCCCAAAUGGUCGCUUGACGGCACGCAGAUCGUCUACUUCCAACGCCAUACAAUUUCGCCAGAAUGUGGGGGUAUCAAUCCACUUCCCUGCUACGCAUCCUCGGAGCCUGGAGGGCGCAUAGACCGUAUCAUGAUUGCAAACUUAACCAGUCGAAACCCCUUACCUAUCCGCGAAGUUGAUCCGAUUUCCGAUAAUAUCCCUUGGGCCAUUCCAUAUACCCCAGGCAUGUCUUUUUCGGGAUAUCAAAUUUCACCACAAUCUGGAGUCUAUAACUUGAAGGGCGCCAAGUCAGGCGAAGCCCAGGUUGUUUACAACAGCGGCGACAAUGAGAAUGCGGCCCCAUGGAUUGCUGUGACGUAUACAAACUACUCUGACGAUGGCUUGAGCACUCUCGGCGGCUAUGAAAACGCGACAUUGACGACUACUGGUGUUACCUCAAUUCUGGUGGACUGGUAUUCCAACAUCACCCAAACUGGUGAGGUUAAGGGCACCAAGGUGACUAGCCACGACGGCUUUCAUUUGGCUAUCGACAUUAUGACCAACAUUUUCAGCACCAAUGGUACGCUGACUACAACUAUUAAUGGCGUAUCUUACUACCAGCCUGCUGAUGGAACGUGA